AAGUUUGCGACAGUGUUUUAUGACCGAACGGAAAAUGGUCGAUUGUUGCUGUUUUCCUCCCUCUUCAUGAAAUAUGCAUUAGGUUAAGGGCACCCGGUGAUUAACCGCUGGACUUUCUAUUGCUUUUGGUGUUGGGUCAGUGGCUUUACUGCCCGAAGAUCACGGCUGGUUUGGCGACGGACUGGGACUGGGAGCUGUGAUCGGAACCAUUCGCUGUACCGCCAGGCUUCCAGGCCCUCGCAAGCUGCCUGCUGGCAUCGCAUUCUUCAGCCGCGGGAGCAAGAUGGGUUCGAUGUUGAGUAGGAGGAUCGCAGGGGUUGAAGACAUCGAUAUCCAGGCCAACUCGGCUUACAGAUACCCGCCGAAGUCGGGGAAUUAUUUUGCAAGUCAUUUCUUCAUGGGUGGUGAGAAGUUUGAUACGCCGCAUCCUGAAGGUUAUCUUUUUGGUGAGAACAUGGAUUUGAACUUCCUGGGAAAUCGCCCUGUGCAGUUUCCAUAUGUGACACCAGCUGCUCACGAGCCUGUGAAGACCUUGCGCAGUUUGGUUAAUAUUCGAAAAGACUCUCUUCGGUUGGUCAGGUACAAGGAUGAAGCUGAUGGUCCCCCUGAAGAAAAUUCUAAGCCGAAAGUGCUAUACAACGUGGAAUUUACUUUUGAUGCUGAUGCACGUGUUGCCAUAACGAUCUACUGCCAGGCAACAGAGGAGUUCCAGAGUGGUAUGGCAGUAUAUACAUCAAGGCACCCGUCCAUGCAAUCUGAGACCAUCCAUUACAAGAGAGGAGUGAGCCAGCACUUCUCUCUACCUUCUUUUAAAAUUGACUUCUCUGAGUGGAAGGAAGAUGAGUUAAACUUUGAUCUUGAAAAAGGAGUGUUUCCUCUAGUCAUUCGGGCUGUGGUAGAUGAAGUGGAUGAAUACUCUGGCCAUGCUCAUAUUCUUUUGGCUGCAAUGGAAAAACAUGUUGAUGGAAGCUUUUCUGUGAAGCCCUUAAAGCAAAAGCAGAUUGUUGACCGAGUCAGUUAUUUAUUACAAGAAAUAUAUGGUAUUGAAAACAAGAAUAACCAAGAAACAAAGCCUUCAGAUGAUGAGAAUAGUGACAACAGCAAUGAAUGUGUUGUGUGCCUGUCUGAUCUACGGGACACUUUAAUCCUUCCUUGUAGACAUCUGUGCUUAUGCAGCACCUGUGCAGACACAUUACGUUACCAGGCUAAUAACUGUCCUAUCUGCAGGCUACCAUUUCGAGCAUUGUUGCAGAUCCGAGCUGUGAGAAAGAAGCCUGGGGCUUUGUCACCAGUAUCAUUUAGUCCUGUUUUGGCACAAACUAUGGAUCAUGAUGAUCAUUCGACAUCUGACCACGUUCCCCCUGGAUUUGAACCGGUUUCCCUAUUGGAGGCUUUGAAUGGACUGCGAUCAAUUUCUCCAUCUAUCCCUUCUGCUCCUUUGUAUGAAGAAAUAAAUUAUUCUGGGAUUGGAGAUGGUUUGUCUCCAUCUAGCAGACAGCUGUCAACAAUCGACAGGAUGGUAGAUAACUGUCCCCAAAAGCCCAAACUGAGCAAAUCCUCGGAAAGCAGUCUGCGAUCUCCAUCUUCUCCCAUACAAGAGGAAGAUGAGGAAAAACUUUCUGAAGAUUCUGAUGUUCUGUUACAAAAGAAUGGACCACAGCUCCAGUGUGGAUCAAGUUCCCAAGAGAUUGAGUCAACUGAAGAAUCUCCGGAAAUGCACAUGCACAGUCCAGUUGACAGACCUCGCUCUGAGGAAAUUAUACAAGAUAGCAGCAGUGAAUACGGUAGCCAUGCUAAAGAAGAUGGUGACACUCCUCUUGCAAUUUCCCUGCCUGGAACUUCGGACUCUACCGAGAGCCUGAAAAGCCAGAGCACCAACAGUUCAUCUCAGCCUCUUCUUGCUGCCUCUAGUUCUGCUGUUAUAGAGGAUGAGAGCCAGGUUCGUUGAGCAUUCGACUUAGUCACAGGAUGACCAAUUGCAUGUGCCAUGUAAGAUCUGCUGUCCCUGUAUCAGUUUUGUCUUCAUGACACACUUAGUUGUCUUACUUUCUAAUAGUUCGCCAUGCUUUAUGGUGUCCUAAUUUAUCAUUUGCACCAUGCAUUUUUAACAUCCACGUGACUUAAACUUGCUUUCCUCUUUUACACUUUCCAUAACUGACAGUUCGACUAACCUAUUCCUCACAGUGGUCAGACUGUUCCUUUGUAAUGGUUAAUGUUCUGUAAUAUGUAAUACAAUAUCAUAAACCACAAUUGCUGAUUAGGUAAUUCAUAUUUUACUCCAAAUAACUACAUAGAAAACCAAGGCAGCUCAUUGCUCUUGCUCAGAUUUUCAUGUUUAAGGAAGUAGAAUUAAAACUUUUUGCAAUUAAAUUUCUCACUUAAAGUGCAGUGCUGAAGAACAACAUGUAAAGCAUUUAUUUAUUGCUUCAUUUAAUAUAGAUUGAAUCUAUUUUGGAUUUUUCCAUUACAAUAAAUAACCAUUGAUAAUGCAUGAUUUGAAAAAAAUUACAUCUUUCUUUCUCCUUAAAAAAAGUAUAGUUUGUCCUAAAGUUUGUACUUUGGACGGUAUACUAUCACCUGUGCAGAAUGUUUUAUUCCUUGUAUAGGUACCUUUUUUAAAAACUUUUUAUCUUUCCAAAUACUGAAAUAUUAGAGUUUACUCUCAAGUAAAGUGAACUGUCUUAGUGUGAUUAAUUCUGGACACUAAACAAUAUUAUAGAAUGAGGUAGAAUAGAGGAUCAUUGCUGCAGGCCAUUGGAAAUGUGUACAGAUGAUUAUUUUCCACUACCACCUAAAAUAAGACACUUUCUCAAGUAAUAUACUUUCUUCUGACCACCUUAACCUUUAAGUACGUUAAAGUUAUUGAAUAUAAUCUGCAGUAGAAUUUUAAUGUAUAGUCUGUGAUAUCUUGUAGUCUGUCUUUGUGGUGUCUACCUCAUUAACUCAUACAUUGGAACGUCUGUCUGAAGGAAAUAUAACCCACAAUUUUCCAGUGUAGUAAACCUUAACUAUCAUAGGGGAUAGGUUCCAGAAAAGGUUGCAAAUCUCAAAAACCAUUUCAUAAAGUCAGUGCUGCUUUGUACUUUUAUUGUGGCCAUAGCGACAGGAGGCUUGUGGUGUAGAAGUUGAUCAGCUGGCUUAUUACAAUUUCAAAUCAGACUGAAAAGGGUAAUAGAAACACAGGGAAUCUCAACAGCAAGGUAUCUGACACAGAACUAAUCCAAGGAUUGCAAUUAAAGAAAAAGUGAUGCAAAGUUAAAGAUGGCACUUGUUCCACCGGAGUUUAAAGACACUCUCGUCUGAUCCACAGAGAGCUUGAGAGUUGCUUAAAGAAGCUUUUAUUCCCUUAGGCAGUACCUCAAAAAAUACUAAAAGUCCUAAUUAAAAUAUCCAAGCAUAAAUGACACAGUUAGUAAAGAUAUAGAUUUUUUUUGCAUGCAGGAGAGUUAUCGGGAUAUUUAUUGUAAUUGGUGACUGUUCUAAUAUUUAAGAAGUGGGUCUAGAAUGUGUAAUUCCUAGUACAUUAUACAACUCAGAUGGAACAGUGCGAAAUCUGUCUGGUCAGCUCCUUUUAACCAGAUUGGAGAAAGUGGGAUAUUAAGAUAUUAGAUAUUGUUGAUGGUGGAUGCUGCUUCAUCUAAUUUUACUGUGAUAUAGCAGCCUAACCUGGAAUGCUGCACCAUUGGGUUACAACUAUAAAUUUACAAAACCAAGUAAAUUAGAUCCGCAGAUUAGUUUGCAGUAUUUUAACCUGAUCUAAACUGCAGUAUGCCAUUGCCUGGAUUCUCUAUUAUUCCCAAGCCAUCUAAUUCCAUUAGAUCUUAUUUUAAUAAACCCCUCCCCCCAGCACUAAAGAUUCAAAGUACCUUUAUUAUCAAUAAGUGUAUGCAGUAUACAACCCUGUCUUCCCCACCGCCAGUCAUGAAACCAAGAAAACCAUGCAACUUGUUCAAAGAAAAACAUCAACCCACCCCCCCCCCCAUACAACAAAAAUGCACAAAUGGCAACCAAAAAAACGAGUGAAAACACACAAAAUAUAAAACAAAAUAUUGAAAUAGUCCAGGCAUAUUCAGUUCAGCUCAGUGUUAACUGCAAGCUGCCCUGAUUAAAAAUUGUAUAUUAACCUCAGACUGCAUUUGACCUAUUUGCUUAAACUUUUCAUUAUGUUUGCAUACAAUUUGCUGAUGUUUUAUGCUGGUACUGCUGAAUGUUGGAUUGGUUCCUAAAGUACAUUCAUGUCAAUUGUUGAAUUUUAUUCUAAUCUCGCCAAAAGGUACUAGCUCUUUUGCAUCCCGUUUUGUUCUAUUUUCAUCGCAGUUCACUUGGUUCUCCAUCAUAUUUUUACACAUAAUUACCGAUGUAGAAGUAAAUGAUAAAAAUAUGCAGGUAAAUUAGAGCACAGAUAAACACAUACUUUAAAUGGUUUAAUAUAAUUCUUUACCCAGUAUGCACUACAGAUUAAAUAUGCUGUUUCUAACUAUGCUCAUGGUCUCUUCUCAACUCCAUUCAGCUCUUUUUAAAAAGCAUAGUAAAUGAUUAAGGUUUAUAUAUGCCAAGCAAGAUGUGUGAUGAAACCUUUUGCUGUAUUCACUUUCUUCUUUAAAAUUUGAAUUUUGGUCUCAUUGAGACGAGGUGAAUCAAAACUAUAGAGGCAAGGUUAAUACAGCAUAUUCAUUCAGCUCCAUCUGCUGACAUUGUAUCCUUAUUCUGUGCCUUGUACCUGAUCUUAUGAUGUAAGUCACUGUAAUAAAAUCUUGUCAUUUGAUCUGGUAAUAAUGAUUCAGCAAAAUCUUGAAUUUCAAACUGUUUUGAAAGAAAAUAGUAAUUUUCUAUAUACUGUAGUAUAAAUAAAUGCUUAGUUGAAUGUAUUGUGAAAUGGCAUGGAAAGCAUACAUGAACAGCAUAGAGUGGGUUAUCUUGCAGAAUCAUAUUGAUCUAAUUUUGUCCAUUGUAGAUUUUUAAUAUCUAGUCACUUAUUUCCAUAGUGCUUCAUUGCUGCAUUUACUACAGAAUGGAUCUAGUGCAUAAUUUUAAAAGAUUGAAGAAAUUCACUGUAAUUUCAUAUGAAUGUGAUUUUACAUUUGUUUGUAGGAUACUGUAUUGUAAUAAAAUGUUGCAACAUUAAAGGUUUUUGAUUUUUUACUCUG